AGUGGACUGUCUAAUACACUGCAUAACUCGAGUUUAUAAUACCUUCUGACUAAUAAGAUAAUAACUUCUUAAGAGAUCCUAUAUAAAUAUGUAAUACCAUAAAAAUCAUAACUUAAUAAUUUAUAUAUAUAUAUAUAAUUUAUAUAAGUACAAAAAACAUUAUAUUUUAAUGUUUCACAUUCACAAUGAAGUUCAUCUCUAUUUUUUAACACUUCAAUAUAUUUUGAUUAUAUUUAGUAAAAUUAGAUCUAAAACUACAUAUAAAUCCUAUGAAAGAUAUUUCGUAUACACCAAAUAGUAUUACAAAAAUGAUAUAAAAAUCAAAUUUCUAAAAAUUAAUAUAUAUAUAUAUAUAUAUAACAGAAUUAAUUAUUUUCUUCCUUUAUAAAAAUAUAUUGUUAAAAAUAAUCUAAAAAUGAAAUUAAUAAUUUUAUUAACUAAUAAAAAGUUAUAGUCUCAACAUUAUUAAUUUAUAGAGUUUUUUCUCUACUAUACAAAAAUAUAUUUAUCUUAUUAAAUAGAAAAAUAUAUUUUAGUUGACUUGUUAGUUUUGAUUUUUGCCAUUAAAAUAUUUGAAUUCUUAAAUAUUCAUUAAAGAUAUAAUGUCAAUUCUCACCAGUUUAUUAAUAAUAUUUUAAUGUAUUUUAUAUUAAAUAUAAAUAUAUUUCAUUUUAUUACUCUUUAUCUCUCUGUGAUGGUGUUGGUAGGGCUAUGUAUAAGCAGGGCACUUGCUAGUUCAGGUAUAGUUGAUAUUUGACUUACUUUAUAUGAGUAAUAGAAAUUUGAAAUUGUAUUUAACUUGUUAAAAAUAUGUCUUCAAGUAUUUUGUCAAGAGAUAUCUCAUGAUAUAGGAAUAUUAUUUAUUUUUCAUAAUAAUAAAAAUGCCUUCUCUAAAAAAAUGGCGAUUAAUAUCAAGUAAUUGACAAGAAUGAAUUAGUUGCAAAUUACUUGGUCCGCUUUAUUACUUGUUACUUACGUAAUAGUUGUGAAUUACUUACAAGUAUUUUUCAGUAUUUAAAAAGUUACUUACUAAACAAUAUUUUACUAAAAAUAGAUAUGAAAGAUUGUUUUGUUUGCUGUACUAGAAAAAAUAUGAAUAAUUAUAAAAAAUAUUUAUUUAUGUUACAAAGAAGAAAAAUGAACAAAAACAUGAAUCUCUCAAUAUCUCUUGAUAUUGGAAUAUUGUUUAUUUUUCGUAAUAAUAAAAAUGUCUUCUCUAAACUUGAUAUUUGACUUAUAUGAGUAUAAGCCAGACACUUACUAUUUCAGGUAUACUUGAUAUUUGACUUACUUUAUAUGAGUAAUAGAAAUUUGAAAUUGUAUUUAACUCGCUAAAAAUAUGUUUUCGAGUAUUUUGUCAAGAGGUAUCUCUUCAUAUAGGAAUAUUAUUCAAUUUUCAUAAUAAUAAAAAUGCCUUCUCUAAAAAAUUGGCGAUUAAUAUCAAGUAAUUUGCAAGAAUGAAUUAGUUGCAAAUUACUUGAUCCGCUUUAUUACUUGUUACUUACGUAAUAGUUGUGAAUUACUUACAAGUAUUUUUCAGUAUUUAAAAAGUUACUUACUAAACAAUAUUUUACUAAAAAUAGAUAUGAAAGAUUGUUUUGUUUACUGUACUAGAAAAAAUAUGAAUAAUUAUAAAAAAUAUAUAUUUAUUUAUGUUACAACGAGGAAAAAUGAACAAAAACAUGAAUCUCUCAAUAUCUCUUGAUAUUGGAAUAUUAUUUAUUUUUCAUAAUAAUAAAAAUGUCUUCUCUAAAAAAUAGCGAUUAUUGUCAAGUCGGUAACAAAUUGUUUUUAUACUUGUUAUUUGUUCUACAUUUGAAAAUAUCUAAAUUCUACUAAUUGCUAUCCGACUUGACAAUGACAAGUACUUCAAAUAUCUAAAUAUCAAUACUUAAUACUUAUACACAGAGAGUAACUAAUAUAAGGCCAAUAAUAAGUAUUUGUGCAUAGCCCUAUAACUAAGUCAGUUCAGGGCGGCUCAACAUUAUCAUGAGCUCUUGGGAAACUUUUUUUUGAAAACCCUAAAAUUAUUAUGUUUCAAUAUUUUAAUUAUUAUUAAAAUUAUUUCUAAACAGAAAUUAAUUUAAAAAAAUUGUUGAUUAAAAUAUUUUAUAUAAUUACAUUUAUUAACAAUAUUUAAAUUUAAAACUAAUAUAUACUUCCUCUAUUUUCUUAAAAAAAGUGUCAAUUUAAUAGUUUUUCUUGUUACAUAAAAAAUGAUGUUUUAUAAUUUCAAUGCAAUCUAUUAUCUAUACUUAAUUUCAGCUAAAUAUUAAUUACAAAAUGCAUUGAUUUUAUAAAUAAAAAUAUUUAUAAUACUAUUGGUUGAAUAGAUAUAAUUAAUGAAAACAUAAAUACAUCUCAAUUAUUUUUAAUAUGUAUGAAAAGUGUCUUUUUAUGAAAUAAAAUUAGUAUAUUUUAACAAAAGAAAAAAUUGAAAGAGAUUAAAAAUUAAACCGGCUUUGGGCCACUUAGGGGCAGAUGCAGCUUAGUAGGUAGGGGGUCAGCUGACCCCACUUUUUCAAAAAAAAGAAAAAUUUAGAUUAAAUUUGUACAAUCUUUGAUUGACUCCACUUAAAUAAUAAAUUUGACCCCACAAAAAUAAUUACAAAAAAUUAAAGACAAAAUUUAAUUACAACUAAUAUAUUUUUUUAUUUUUAAAACUUUGGAUUUAUAUUAGUUUUAAUCUUAUUUUUCUAUAAUUACAAAAUUUUAUUAAUCACUAAACGUACUUUGUAAUUUUAAACAUUGUUAAUAAGUUAGUUUAAGCCCAAAUUGUACUAUUAGAUUUAGACCCAAAUAAUUUAUAAUAUAGAAACAUUAUAAAAUGAACAAACUUAAAAACAAAGUUUCAAGAUACGAGUGAGCGUUGAGUACAUUUGUAGUUUUUUUGGAGUAAUACAUUUGUAGUUUUUUGGUCGUUUAUAUAUUAUGAUUUUGAUUUUUUUUUGUUUGACCCCAGUACAGAAAAAUUCUGGCUCCUUGAGCUCGGUUAUGUCCUUAUAUAAUCCCAUCAGAACUUCUCCCUCUCUCACUAUAUCCAUCUUUUCUCUCUAGUUUCUCAAAUCUCAUCACUUAUUUUCUCUUCUUCACGAAGACUGGAAGAACAGAGGAAGACCAAAAGGCUUCUAGCCAUGUCUUUUCAAUACUAUGCUCUUAACUCUGUUCAAAAUAACAACUUUUUCAGCCCUAAAACAACAAUAUCUUUCCGUAAGAUCUCAAGAUCUCCUUUCACUGUGGCGAAAAGCAAACCCAAAGGCUGCUCCAUAUCUUGUUCAAAGCUUCCAAUUCAAGAAUCCAAGAAUUCUCAAGAAACUCAACAUGAUCUAUCUCUUAUCCAGUGGAAACAUCUUCAAGGAGAAGAUGCGCCUCAGAUUGGUAUUGGAAGUAGUAAUAUUGCAAUCGAAGAAGCAGUGAAGAGAGUGAAAUCGAUAUUGAGAAACAUAAGUGACGGUGAAAUUACAAUAUCAGCUUAUGACACAGCCUGGGUUGCAUUGAUCGACGCCGGAGAUAAAACUCCAGCGUUUCCCUCCGCCGUGAAAUGGAUCGUUGAUAAUCAACUCUCCGAUGGAUCUUGGGGUGAUGCACAUCUUUUCUCUUAUCAUGAUCGUCUCAUCAACACACUUGCCUGCGUCGUUGCUCUAAGAUCAUGGAAUCUCUUUCCUCAUCAAAGCCAGAAAGGAAUCACGUUUUUCCAAGAAAAUAUUGAAAAGCUAGAAGAAGAAAACCAUGAGCAUAUGCCUAUUGGAUUCGAAGUAGCAUUUCCUUCGUUACUUGAAAUAGCUCGAGGAAUAAACAUAGAUGUACCGUACGAUACUCCGGUCUUGAAAGAUAUAUUCGCCAAGAAAGAGCUAAAGCUAACAAGGAUACCAAAAGAGAUAAUGCACAAGAUACCAACAACAUUGCUACAUAGUUUGGAAGGCAUGCGUGAUUUAGAUUGGGAAAAACUUUUGAAACUUCAAUGUCAAGACGGAUCAUUCCUCUUCUCUCCUUCCUCUACCGCUUUUGCAUUCAUGCAUACCCGAGACAAUAAUUGUCUCAAGUAUUUGCGCAAUGCCGUUGAACGUUUCAAUGGUGGAGUUCCCAGUGUCUUUCCUGUGGAUCUUUUCGAACACAUAUGGAUCGUGGAUAGGCUACAACGGUUAGGGAUAUCGAGAUACUUUGAAGAAGGGAUUAAAGAGUGUCUUGACUAUGUUCACAGAUAUUGGACAGACAAAGGCAUAUGUUGGGCUAGAUGUUCCCAUGUCCAAGACAUUGACGACACAGCCAUGGCAUUUAGGCUAUUAAGACUUCAUGGAUACCAAGUUUCAGCGGAUGUAUUCAUGAACUUUGAGAAAGAAGGAGAGUUCUUCUGCUUUGCGGGGCAAUCAAACCAAGCGUUGACCGGUAUGUUCAAUCUAUACCGGGCAUCGCAAUUGGCGUUUCCAAAGGAAGAGAUAUUGAAAAACGCCAAAGAAUUCUCUUCCAAGUAUCUGAAACAUAAACAAGAAAAAGACGAGUUGAUUGAUAAAUGGAUUAUAAUGAAAGACUUACCUGGCGAGAUUGGGUUUGCGUUAGAGAUUCCAUGGUACGCCAGCUUGCCUCGAGUGGAGACGAGAUUCUAUAUUGAGCAAUAUGGUGGAGAAAACGACGUCUGGAUUGGCAAGACCCUUUAUAGGAUGCCAUAUGUGAAUAAUAAUGAAUAUCUGGAAUUAGCAAAACAAGACUACAACAGUUGCCAAGCUCUGCAUCAACUCGAAUGGGACACCUUCCAAAAAUGGUAUGAAGAAAGUAGGUUACAUGAGUGUGGUGUGUGCAGAAACGGGCUCCUCGAGUGCUUUUACCUAGCGGCUGCGACUAUCUUCGAAGAAGAUAGGUCAGAUGAGAGAAUGGCUUGGGCCAAAUCAAGUGUAUUGGUGAAAGCCAUUUCUUCUUCUUUUGGGGAAUCCUCUGAUUCAAGAGUAAGCUUAUUCGAUCAGUUUCACAAUGCUAGACGAAGUGAUCAUCACUUCAAUGACAGGAGCAUGAUAUUGGACCGACCAGGAUCGGUUCAGCCGAGUCUGCUUGUCGGAAUCUUAAUCGGAACUUUGAAUCAAAUAUCCUUCGACCUCUCCAUGUCUGAUGGGCGUGACGUUAAAAAUCUCAUCUAUCAGUUGUGGGAAGAUUGGCUGGAGAAAUGGAAAUUAGAUGGAGAAGGAGGAGAAGGAGAGCUCAUGUUGAAGAUGAUACUUUUAAUGAAGCACAAUGACCUGACUAGCUUAUUCUCUCAUCCUCACUUUGUUCGUCUCUCAAAAAUCAUCAACCGAAUCAAUCUAAUUUCCCAAUAUUCAAAGGCAAGUAGAAACGUUGAGAAGGAGAAGACAACAAAAAUAAUGGAGAAUGAGAUGGAGCAAAUGGUUGAGUUAGUAUUGUCAGAGAUUGACACAUUCCGUGAUGUCAGCAUCACCUUUCUUGAUGUAGCAAAGGCUUUUUACUAUUAUUUUUCAUGUGGUGAUCAUCUCCAAAGUCACAUCGUCAAAGUCUUAUUUCAAAAAGUCUUAUAGCCUCAUCAGUGAUGUGUUUUAAUUAAGUAAUUAAUGUAUCAUCGAUUCAUAAAUCUAUGGAUGCUUGUAUAUGGAUAAUAUUAGACUGAUGCAUUUUUUUAUCAUAAAGUAUUUUAUUUGUAUUUAUUUUUAUGUAUCUUUAAUUAAAUAUAUAGGGAUAUACAUGAA